AACGACUGUUUUGUGAGGUGUCAAUUUUAUGUCAAAUACACAUUUCUACGUCGAUGAAAUAGUUGCGAAGAUUUUAGUCAGUAAAAGUGAUUUUGCAUUAUUAUAAAAAAUGUUGGACUUAUUCAGUAUCUUCAGUAAGGGGGGCAUAGUCCUAUGGUGUUUUCAAAGUACGAGCGAGAUUUUUACGCCAUCAGUGAAUGCACUAAUUCGCAGUGUGAUCUUACAAGAGCGCACGGGGAAUAACUCUUUCAACCAUAAUGCCCUUACGCUGCAGUAUAAGCUCGAUAACGAGUUUGAGCUGGUAUUCGUGGUCGCGUACCAGCGUAUUCUGCAGCUGUCGUACGUGGAUAAGUUUCUGAAUGACGUGCACCUGGAGUUUAGAGACAAGUACAAGAAUGAUCUCCAAGGUGGCGGCGGCAGUAUAUUUGUUGACUACGAUUUUAAGUCAUCAUUUGACAAAAUCUUGAAGGGAUGUGAAGUAUGGGCCAAAUCGCAAGCUAAGAUUCCAAAACAAAUGAGAACAUUCGAAGACUCUCAAAAGUCGAAAAAGACUGUUGCUUCUAUGAUUGAACGUAAGGGAGAAGAAAAGAGUACUAAGAAGUCAGUGAAAAUAGUAGAAAAUAAGAAUAUGACCAAUGGAAAGGUGGAGGAGUCUCCUGAAAUAGAAGAUGAUGUGAUUGCUGCCAACAGGGCUAAACUGGCCCAGAAACUUGCCUCGAAGGGCGUCAAGAAAGAUGUCAAGAAGUCCCCCAAGAGCCCCAAGAACGAAGAUCGCGUGAAACAACCCCGAGUGUGGGCGUUGGGCGGCGGCGCGCGCGACCUGCCCACGCUCGACUUCAGCACCGACAAGCCCGAGGACGCCGACGUCACCGCCGACACGCAGUUGAUCGGCAAGAUGACCGGCGCCAUCCGCGACCUGGAAGUGGAAUCCGACGAAAGCUCCAGCGAGGAGGAGGAGACGACCGAUGCGCAGCCCAGCCCCAAGAAGUCUGGGGGAAUGUUCAGUAUCUUUAAGGGCCUGGUGGGGUCCAAGGCGCUUACGGAAGAAUCGAUGCGUCCGGCGCUGGACAAGAUGCGCGACCAUCUCAUCGGCAAGAACGUGGCCGCUGACAUUGCCAACAAACUCUGCGACUCUGUUGCUGCCAAGCUUGAAGGCAAGGUGCUCGGCACGUUCGACAGCGUGGCCAAGACGGUGAAGGCGACGCUACACGAGGCGCUGGUGCAGCUGCUGUCCCCCAAGCGGCGCGUGGACAUCCUGCGCGACUGCCUGCACGCGCAGCAGGCCCAGCGGCCCUACGUCAUGGCCUUCUGCGGGGUAAACGGCGUCGGCAAGUCCACCAACUUAGCCAAGAUCUGUUUCUGGCUGAUCGAAAACGACAUGUCUGUGCUGAUCGCUGCCUGCGAUACUUUCCGCGCGGGUGCGGUCGAACAACUGAGGACUCACACGCGACAUCUUAACGCGCUGCACCCCGAGUCGAGACACAAUGGACGCAAGAUGGUGCAUCUGUAUGAGAAGGGAUACGGCAAGGACGCGGCGGGCAUCGCCAUGGAAGCCAUCCGGUACGCGGCGGAGUCGCGCAUCGACGUGGUGCUGGUGGACACGGCCGGCCGCAUGCAGGACAACGAGCCGCUCAUGCGCGCGCUCGCCAAGCUCAUCAAGGUGAACGAACCAGACAUGGUUCUCUUCGUCGGCGAAGCCUUAGUCGGCAACGAGGCUGUGGACCAGCUCGUGAAGUUCAACCAGGCGCUCGCAGACCACUCCUCGUCCACCAACCCUCACAUGAUCGACGGCAUAGUGCUGACCAAGUUCGACACCAUUGACGACAAAGUCGGCGCCGCGAUAUCGAUGACGUACAUCACUGGCCAGCCCAUAGUGUUCGUGGGAACGGGACAAACGUACACAGAUUUGAAAGCGCUGAACGCUAAUGCGGUCGUGCACGCUCUUAUGAAGUAAUCUGGUAAGAAGUCAUGUUCUAUGCUCGUGUUGAUAAAUCGAUAUGACUUUUGAGUUGGUUGCUUUGAAAUAUUGCAACUGACUAAGCCAAUAUUAGAAGUUGAAGAACUUAUUUUGUUUAGCCAUCUAAAACAGACUUAAAGAAUCGGUCUUAAGUUAUGGAGCUUUUAUAGGUCUGUUGAUCUUUUUGCCCUACCAGAAUUCAGUGAAAUAUUUCUGAUAUCGAUUUAUGGGGACGGGGUUUGAUAGAUAUAUUAAUACAGUUACAAGAUAAUCUUAAUACCUACAGUAAAGUCGCAAAGGUGUGUUGUUGUAGACAGUACCAAUAUCUUUAUACUCUUUCUAUAUUUAUCAAUAAUCUGCUCUUGUUUUUUCAACUUGAUUCUCUUCCUAUAUUGAUAUUUCUUCUUCCUAUCCGAUGUACUGUCUAUAACUGCACAUACGAUAAGUACGUAUUAUAAAAUAUGGAAGUACAUUGAAGUGAUAAAUAUAUAGAUAAAUAUUAUAAUAUGAACAACAUUUUUCUUGUAUUAUGCAUAUUCAUCUAUAGAAACAAGUUAUUCAGACGAAACAGGAGUAAUAGUUGUUAUAUUGCAUUCUAUGCAUUGGUUUAUGGAUAUUUAAAUAAAGUUUUUAUUAUUACAGAAAUUAUGAAUUGUUAUUAAUAAUAAAAUGGUUUUACAUUGAUUUAAAAAAUAAGCUAGCAAAGAAAUUUAAUUGUGACCAAUAUACUAAUUCCAUUUAUAAGUAGCAAAGUUCGUUUAAAUAAAUAAAUAAAUGUAUUCUUUAUUUUUACAAUAAAUAAAAGUUUAUUUUUAAUAUCUUUUUUGGUUUUAUUCGGGUGAAGUUACAGGGUUAUGUUUGAUAUAUUUUAUAGUUGUGUUGGAUUUAAUCUUGUUGUGUUUAUGUUAUUGGUAAAAUAGAGGUGUUAUACGCGUUAUUAGUAUACAGCAUGUGCUAUAUUUAGUUUAGUUAAUAGGUAAUUCCGACGUUAAUAUAUUAGAGGUAGAUGCAAAGCGCGGUGUGGUCACGGACGUGCCUUGUCUCGCUCUACUUGAGCAGACUAAAUUAUACCGGCCAAAGAUUCGAUCACUGCCUGACGUAUCUAGAAAAAAUUUAGCAAAUUGUUUAUAAACGCUUUACACGCCAGUGUUUCUAAACAUUUAUACAAAACCACCAAUGUGUUUCACCAACAUUUGCAAUAGAGAAACACUGGAAAUUAUCAGCUGUACAAUAAUUGAUGUUUUCCAGUAGACUGUGAUGUUUAUAUCAGUUUUGUACAUUAUUAUCAGAAAUUAAUAAAUUAUGAAAACGCCAUGAU